UAACACAUUUACACGUCUGAUUCCCUCAAACACACUCUGGAUUCUGGACUCACUCCACACGCGUAUAGAGAAAGGCUUCUGUUGUUCGGACCUGUCGAGCGGGGCAGUGGAGAGCGGCUCUCGUGGCAUGACUACUACAAACAAGGGAAACAAAGCACUCAAGGUGAAGCGAGAGCCAGGUGAGAAUGGCACGAGUCUUACGGAUGAUGAACUGGUGUCCAUGUCUGUGCGAGAGCUGAAUCAGCACUUGCGUGGCCUGACCAAAGAUGAAAUCCUGCAGCUGAAACAGCGUCGACGCACGCUCAAGAACCGAGGCUACGCCGCCAGCUGUCGAGUGAAGCGCGUGACGCAGAAGGAGGAGCUGGAGAAGCAGAAGAUCGAGCUCCAGCACGAGGUGGAGAAGCUGGUCUCGGAGAACGCCAGCAUUAAAGCUGAGCUCGAGCUGCUGCGCUCCAAAUAUGAGGCUCUCCAGAGCUUCGCCAGGACUGUGGCCCACAGGGGUCCCGUCACUAAAGUGGCCACCACCAGCGUCAUCACCAUCGUCAAGUCCAAAACACAAGCACGCUCUUAAUGCCCUGACCCGGGGCAGUUCUGCAAGUGUAUCCAUCAGGCACAGGUUUACUCACGCUAAAGUCUGUUCAGAAAUCUACAUACUAGUGUAAACCAAAUCUCUCAGAAAAAGAUAAAGCACUUAUCAUUUCUAUUUAGAGAUUAAUCUGUCAACCGCAACCCUUGUUUUGUCAAAUUUAUGUCAACUUUUCAUUAAUCAGAUAAUGAUACUCGCGCUAAAACAUUCAGAAAUCUACUCUUUGAUUAUAAAAGUGUAAACAGACAACACUAAAAUCUCUCAGAAAAAGAU